CCUUGUACCGUUCUCUGGAAGACUAGUUCUUUGUUCCCAAACGGUAGAAUGUAUAUUUUAUUUUUAUUAUUCCUGGCUGUUGCCAGUGGCCAUACUUUCGAUAAACUUUAUUCCUGGAAACAAGUUAAUUUUAAUUUUCCGAAUGAAAAUAUCCGAGAAGCUUACAUCAAAUCAGGAGAUUACAUAGAAGAAAAUAAUUUGCCUCUGGGUCUGGCAGUUUCGAAAGAUAAAAUGAUAAUUACUGUCCCUAGAUGGAAGAAUGGUGUAUUCUCUAAUUUAAAUUAUGUAUGGUUAAAUGACACUAGUGAAUCACCAAUAUUAACUCCAUAUCCUGAUUUUGAAUCGAACGAUAUAAAUAUGACAGAUAGUAUAGUAAGCAUAUUUCGUGUUAGAAUCGAUGAAUGUAAUCGUCUUUGGGCUGUCGAUACAGGAAUAGAUGAUAUUUAUGGUAAAUCUACGGUCAUACAACCUGCCAGGAUCAUAGUGUUCGAUCUAAAUACAGAUAAGAUCAUUCGAAAAUAUACUUUAAAGGAUUCUGAUCAAAAACCCAACUCCUUUAUAGCUGAUCUCGUUGUGGACUCAAAACCUGAUGCUUGUGAAGAUGCUUAUGCUUAUCUUACAGAUUUUUCAGGCUACGGUUUGGUAGUUUACAGUUGGGCUAAGAAUAAUUCCUGGAGAAUCGAGCACAAUUACUUUAACUUCGAUCCAUUACAAGGUGAUUAUAAUAUCAGCGGUUAUAAUUUUCAAUGGACCGAUGGUCUCUUUGGUCUUGCCUUGACUCCGUUCCAAGUUGACGGAUACCGGACUCUUUACUUUCACGCUAUGUCUGGAAUAACAGAGUUCUACGUGUCAACUGAGGUUUUACAAGAUGAUACGUUAACCCUAUCAAAUAAUUACCAUGCGUUCCACGUUGCUGGAAACAAAGGACCAAAGAGCCAAGGACCUUCGUCGGUUAUUGACCAGGAAACUCGAAUCGCCUAUUUCACUCAAGUACAAAAGAAUGGAAUAAGUUGUUGGGACACCGAUGUGAAAUUGACUCCAGAGACGUUUAUUCUGAUAGGCCAAGAUAAUGAAACAAUGGUUUAUCCAAAUGAUUUAGCUAUCGAUAAUGAUUCAAAAAAAUUAUAUGUGCUAUCUGAUAAUUUACCUAAAUUUGAACGCUCUAAUUUAAGUAAGAAAGAAAGUAAUUAUUUCAUUACCGUAGCUUCUUUGGAUUCGAUUUCCAAAUAUUGUAAAGCUUAAAUUCUGAUGUAAUUUCAAUUACGAUAGACAUAUUUUUUAAUCCAUUUAAAAUACAUAAAAUGCUUAAUUAUUAAAUAUUCGUAUAUAUAAUUUCUAAAAUAACAAAACUUUAAUAUGAAUGUAAAAUGAAGUUCAACUAUAUAUUUUAUUUCUUAUAAUU